UGGUGGGUUUCUACAGUAUUCCCAGGCCAGGUGAGAUGAUCUCUCCUGCACGUUCUGGGUCUACCCAAGGGUUUUCUGCCAGUUGGAUGUGCCCAGAAAGUCUCCAAAGGCAGGUGCGCUAGAGGCUUUCCGGAUGUCUGAGCUCCACAUCCUAUCUCUAAGUGCCAUGGGCCUGAGUUCAACACUGGGAAGCCUUCUGUUUUUCCUCAAGCUGUUUGGAAUAUGUACAGGGCUUGUACAAGAGAACUGUACUGACUACAGGCUCCAGUUUGAGAGGGUCUUCUCUGUUCCUGGGGACAUGGCUAUGCUGAAUAGCACCCUGGUUUCUCCAGACGUCUUUAACUUCACAAGUGUCCCAUACAGCAUCACCUGGUAUGUCUCAAAGACGGGACAAGAAAUGAGCAACCAGAGCAGUCGAAUCCUGAUAAACGGGGAGACUCUGUGGUUUCUUAAUGUAAUGCUGGACGACGACGGGGAGUAUGUGAGCAUACUGAGAACUUCUUCUCAGUGCUACAGGCAGGCUACCAAGCUGGUAGUGGAUCUGCCACUAACUGGUGAGUGUGGAAGGCCCAAGAAAGCUGGUCAAACACUUACCAGUGGAGUCAGUGACAUCCUGCAAUGCCCUCUGAAGGACUACAUCAACAAACUGGCCAGCUACAACAUUACUGCCCUGCUCAUGUGGUACAGAGGCUGUGACCCCAUAGAGAAUGGCCAUGAAGGCAGGUAUAAGUACAUGGAUAUGACCAAACUGCUGAUAAAAAUGGUGGACGCUCAAAACAAUGGUUCCUACACCUGCACUCUGAAGUUCACCCUCGGUGGCGUCGCAGGAUCUGUGUCUGAGACCAUCGACGCAUGGGUCACAGAGGAGUACUCUUUGGUUCCACAAGUGCAUGAACCAGCCAAUGAAAUAAUCAAGGCACAUAUAGGGUCCAAUUUCACCAAGCGGUGCCUGGUGUUUGUGCCGGGUAUUGGGAAGCCCAUGGUAGACAUCAUGUGGAUGGCCAAAGACCAUUUCAUUAUCAGUACCAAUCCCUCUGAUCGGGUCUACAUAUCAAAUCAACAUUUUUGGAUCCAGGAUGCCCAUAGCAAAGGUGCGUGGUUGGAGCGCCUGCUAAUGUUUUCUGAACUGAGGAAGGAGGAUUUCCAUAUCAACUACACUUGUCGGGCCCACAGUUCCCGAGGCAAUCCUGAGGGAUAUUUUACUCUGCUACCACCAGAUCCAAACAUCAUACUUCCCAUUGGAGCCGUGCUUAGUGGUGUGAUGGUUCUCUUCAUCAUCACUGUCAUCAUCUACUACCCUUUUAAGGUUGACAUUGUGCUGUGGUUUAGAAGAGUGUUUCCAGUCUGUUAUACAAACAAAGAUUUGAAUGGGAAGCUGUAUGAUGCCUAUGUGGCAUAUCCGCAGGAAUGUGCCGUCGGAUUCAGCAAGGAAGUGGAGACAUUUGCCCUUCACAUACUGCCUCAAGUGUUGGAAAAUGCCUGUGGCUACAGACUCUUCAUACCAGGCCGUGACUGCUUGCCCGGACAGGCCAUGGUGGACUCAGUGGAAGAAAACAUACAAGCCAGUCACCGCCUCCUUCUGCUCUAUACAGCCUCCACGUUCACCAGCAAAAGACACACAAGCAGCACUAGUAGCAAUAACAACAACAUUUCUAAGAGCACUGAUAACAGCAAUAACAGUGAAAACAAGACUGGUGACAGUACUAACACCAAGAGUUUUGAUGGUAGUGAUGAAAUCUAUCCAGACACAAGGCAGCAGUUGGAAUGUGUGGCAGCAAUGCACAGAGCACUGCUGGAGGGAUCGCUCAAGGUGGUUCUGGUUGAGUUGGAAGAGAUCACCCAAGCUCAGCUGGCUCUCUUCCCAGAGUCUGUACGUCAUCUGAGGAAAAAACAGGGUGCCGUGUGCUGGUGGAAGAACCUGAGGAAGAGGCAAAAGUGGAGGACAUGUAUGAGAAGAGAAGAUGAGGAGAAAGGUGGAGAGAGUGCACAGCUGUCGCCAUCUCUCUCCCCUUCCUCCAGAUUUUGGAAAGAGAUGAGGUAUCAUAUGCCAAUGAGGGGCAAGAGGGCGGUCUACCCCAAGAGAACUGCCCUGCUGAAAUUAUAAUAUGUCAGCUGAUGGAUAAGUAUAAUCACCUUUAUUUGGCCAAGUAUGUUACACACAAGGAAUUUGUUUCCGGUACAGAACCAAGGCAGCCAU